UGAAUCCUAUCAGUGUUCAUGGUAAAAUGGCAGAAACCAGUUCCGCACUGGAUCAGAACCAGUUCAGCUGCCCAAUCUGUCUGGAUCUACUGAAGGAUCCAGUGGCCAUUAACUGUGGACACAGUUACUGUAUGAGCUGCAUUAAGAGCUGCUGGGAUCAGGAAGAUCAUGUUGGAGUUUACAGCUGCCCCCAGUGCAGACAGACCUUCACACCCAGACCUGUUCUGGGCAGAAACACAAUACUGGCUGAAAUGGUGGAGAACCUGAAGAAGACUGGACUACAAGCAGCUACUCCUGCUGACCAUUAUGCUGGACCUGGAGAUGUGGAGUGUGACGUCUGCACUGGGAGAAAACACAAAGCUGUCAAGUCCUGCCUGGUGUGUCUGGCCUCCUACUGUGAAACUGACCUGCAGCUUCACAAUAAACUCCACCAUGCAAAACAGCACAAGCUCAUUGAUGCCACUGGCCAUCUGAAGGACAAGGUCUGUUCCCACCAUGACAAACCCCUGGAGGUCUACUGCCGUACCGACCAGCAGUGUAUCUGUCUGCUGUGUGUGAUGGAUGAACACAGAGGCCAUGAUACAGUCUCAGCUGCUGCAGGAAGGGCGGAGAUACAGAAACAAAUGGGUGAAACACAGAGGGAAUUUCAGCAGAGAAUUCAGAUGAGAGAGAAGGAGCUGCAGGAGCUGAGAGAGGCUGUGGCCUCAUUCACAAGCUCAGCACAGUCAGCAGUGGAGGACAGCGAGAGGAUCUUCACUGAGAUGAUCAGCUCCAUUGAGAGAAGACGCUCUGAGGUGACACAGCUGAUCAGAGAUCAGGAGAAGGCUGCAGUGAGUCAGGCUGAAGGAGACAUGGAGAGACUGAAGCAGGAGAUUGAUGAACUGAAGAGGAGACACUCUGAGCUGGAGCAGCUUUCACACACAGAGGAUCACAUCCAUUUCCUCCAGAGAUUCCAGGCUCUUCCUGUCAUCCCUGAAGCUGAAGUUAGACCCAGAAUCUCUGUCAGUCCACGCUGCUCUUUUGAGAAUGUGAAGAAGGUGGUUUCUGAACUGAAGGAUCAACUGGAGAAUGUUUGCGAACAUAAAACAACAGAGGUUAAACACACAGUUAUGAAAAGGACCAUCGUAAAGGAAGUAAUACACAUAAAACCAGCUGUUACAUUACGAACACUUUAUGAUGAUAAUGAAGAUUUCAAUUUCUCAUUCGGGGCCUCAAGACGUAAGAAUGUUCCAUUCAAGUUUCAGCAUAGAACAUCAAAGCAGUGACAUGGAAGGAAGAGACCCAGUCAUAUCCUGAUCACCAGAAGAGAUCUGGCCCAUGCCUCCAAGUGCUGUGUACAGAGGGUCUGACUGGGCGCUGCUACUGGGAGGUUGAGUGGAGUGGGGCUGUAGUUAAUAUC